AUGGCUCCUUCAACGAUUUCACCAUCACAUGUCAGAGAUCAAGUUUUAGUUGAAAUACAAGCAGUAUUCUCAAAGAAUGGCGCUACCCUUGCUGACUAUAAUCUCCCUGUGCCUACACACACACUCAUCGAACAACUUGGCAACACACUGUUAAGAGAAGAAAUAGCUUAUGACAUUCAUGAACUUCUCCUUUCUGCUGUGAAUAUGGAAGAUCAACUUAAUCCAGAACAAAAGAAGAUAUAUGAUGCAGUCCUCACUGCUAUAAACACUGACAAAGGAGGUUUAUUCUUCCUUUAUGGUCAUGGAGGAACUGGUAAGACCUUUGUCUAUAAAGCUAUUAUUAGUCGUUUACGUUCAACUGGGAAAAUAGUUCUUGCUGUCGCAUCUUCCGGAAUUGCUUCUUUGCUGUUACCAGGAGGUCGUACAGCUCAUUCAAGAUUUAAGAUACCAAUAGACAUUCAUGACCAGUCAACAUGUCAUGUAAAAAAGGGGACUCACCUUGCUGAUCUAUUAGAACAAACAAGCUUGAUAGUGUGGGAUGAGGCUCCUAUGGCCCACCGUAAUUGUUUUGAAGCACUAGAUAGGUCACUAAACGACAUAAUUAGUGGUGACGAAUUCGAUGGUGCAUAUAAACCUUUUGGGGGUAAGUCUGUUUUGCUUGGGGGUGAUUUUAGACAGAUACUUCCUGUGGUUCCCAAAGGUUCCAGGUCUGGCACAAUUCAUGCAUCCAUUGCUAGAUCCUAUCUAUGGAAGCAUUGUAAAAUAUUCUACUUAAAACAAAAUAUGCGCUUAAAUGCAGCAGGUCUAAACGAUGAAGAGAUAUCAGAAUUAGCAAUGUUUUCAAAAUGGCUUUUGAAUGUUGGAGAGGGCAAAAUUGAAGCCAUUGCAAUGCAUGAAGAAGAAGAAUCUCCAACUUGGAUAAAAAUACCAGAUAAUCUUCGAGUUGAUCCUAACGAAGGAGAUAUACAAGACAUAACAUCAGCAGUUUAUGAUGGUCUAUCAUCAAUGUAUUCCAAUGCUGAAUACUUGAAGCAAAGAGCUAUAAUCACAGGAACAAAUGCAGUGGUCGAUGAAUUAAAUGCUCAUAUACUCUCACUGAUACCAACUGAGCUCAAAACAUAUCUUAGCUUUGAUUCUAUUUCAAACGAUGAUAGUGCAUCAGCUGAUAUGGAUGUCCUUUAUCCUACAGAAUUUCUAAACUCUCUCACAUUUAAUGGACUUCCAAAUCAUCAACUUCAGUUGAAGGUUCAAUCACCAGUAAUGCUUCUGAGAAAUAUAAAUCAAAGCAUCGGAUUGUGCAAUGGAACAAGACUCAUAAUAUCCAGACUGGGUGACAGAGUUGUUGAAGCAACCAUUAUUUCAGGGAGCCAUAUAGGCAGCAGGGUAUACAUUCCAAGAAUCAUAAUGUCAGCAAAAGAAUCAAAAUGGCCGUUUGUAAUGAAAAGAAGGCAGUUUCCCCUUCGAUUAUCUUAUGCCAUGACUAUAAACAAAAGCCAAGGCCAAACACUUGAGAAAGUUGGUUUAUAUCUUCCCAAACCAAUUUUUUGUCAUGGUCAGUUAUAUGUGGCAUUAUCCAGAGUUACAACAUAUAAAGGCCUAAGAAUUCUUAUCAAAAAUCAAGAAGAUGAGCAGAAGUUCUAUACAAAAAAUAUUGUGUACAAUGAAAUCUUUGACGAACUUUAG